GCACUGUGACCUCCGCAUCUAACCCCCGCCAGCGCCACUACACCCUUGCCGAAUACACAAUUCCGUCGCCGAUGGAUGAUAGAUAAGUGGCGACUGUAAUAAUGGCAAAAACACUCUCCGCGCUCCUUGCGCAAACCUCCAUUGAGGACCACAACGAGAUUCUUCGAGCCGCCAACGCCGAGAUCAAGAAGAACAAGAAUGAUAUCGAGGCUCAGCAUGUGAAGGCAAUCGCGCUGUUACAUCUAGAUGACUUCGAGGGUGCGCUCAAGGUGUUCGAGGACGUGAAGGAGCUGCAACAGAAGUCGCAAUUCGAUUACGCCUAUACACUGUACAAGACCGGCGAUGCAGCGAAAGCUGUACAAGUCGCACAGAGCUUAGGUGCUAAAUCGGAUCGCAAAACACAGCACAUCCUGGCCCAAGCUGCAUACCGGUCAGAGAACUUCGCACAGGCUGCGAAAGUGUACAAGGAGCUAGCGAAUCACCCUGUCGAAGACGAAGCCUUUGACAUCAAUAUCAACUCUGGCGCCGUAGACGCUCAAUUAGAAUGGACAGGACAAGGCGAGCUUGCGCAAAAGAAGAAGCCUACAAGAGAAGACCUUGAGGCAUUCGAGACAGCCUUCAAUGCAGCAUGUGGAAGCAUAUCGCGUGGCGAACUGGCGCAGGGAGAGGUGUGCCUGAAACGGGCCAAGGACCUCUGCAACGCGGUUGAGGACUUUACUGAAGAGGAGAAGAAGGCGGAGAUACUGCCCAUCACCGUGCAACAGGUGUAUGUGCUCACACAGAUGGGCAAGCUGGACGAGGCUGCACAGCUGGCGGCUACCAUCCCUCUUGCUGACAUCAAGGAUCUCUCUGUCCGCUACAUUGCACAAGUCAACAGCAUUGCCGCAUCGAAGGAGCACUCGAACCCAUACCUAUCCCACCGCCUCUUCCACUCGUCGCCGAAGCCGCCAGUCACUAACCAGCACUUCUCGUUCCAGGCAAACAUCCUGCAACAAGAUGAAUACGUCAUCUCGCUCCUUUCGCAAAAGACUGCUGGCGUCGCAUCGUCGACUGAAAAAGUCAUCCAGGCAUCGCCGUCUCCGUCUUUAUCGCCAGCUGUGAACAUGGCUGGUGUCAUCAAUGCCGCAGCUCAUGCACGCAAUGCUGAGACUGAGAAGGCAGCAUUGAAGGAAAUCGUACCUCUGUUGGAGAAGAGGCCUAACGAUGUUGGUCUGAUUCUCACAAUCGCCCACCUCUACAUUCUCACCAAUAACUACGCUGCGGCCACCCACCUUCUGGAAUCGUUCUUCAAGCGUCUCGAGCAAAGCGGGUCCGCGUCUGAUCUCGAUGUGCGGUUUGCACCAGGUUUGAUUGCAUCGCUUGUCUCCCUUUACACACAACAAGGGCGUCCAGGCGCAGCAAAGUCUGAACUUGCAAAAGCAGCAGAAUACUGGAGGACGCCGCACAAGUCCAAAACAGAGGCGCCAUCCAAGUCUCUCAUGGUUGCAGCCGGCACAGCACUGCUCGAUCCACACAACCCCGAGAACGCUAAAGCAGCAGGCGCCAUCUUCCAGAGCCUCUAUGAACAAGACGACGAAGACCGAGCUGCCAUCGCCGGCCUCGUCGCCGCCCAGAGCAUCUAUGACCCCACCUCCAUCCCUGCCGACCUGCUCGCCUACCUUCCGGAAGCGAACCGUCUUGUCGCUGAUAUCGAUGCCGCGGCCCUCGAAAGCGCCGGCGUUCCCACGACCACAGCCCUCGUCUCCGAAGCACGCAAGCGCAGCGUUGCGCCUACAAAGACCAUUGCAUCGCGGCCGAAGCGAUUGCGCAAGGUCCGCAUGCCGAAGGACUACGAUGCGAACAAGAAGAUAGACGCAGAACGAUGGCUGCCAAUGCGCGAUCGCACGUACUACAGGCCGAAGGGCAGGAAGGGGAAGAAGAGGGCGGAGGGCCUGACGCAAGGCGGGCCGGUCGCCGAGGAGAAGAAGGUUGAGGUGAAGAAGGAUCAAGGGAAGAAGCAGCAGCAAAAGAAGGGUAAGGGGAAGAAAUAGAGAUUUGCAUAGAGAAAGGCUCGUGUAGUGAAUAGCUAUCAUGUGGCAACUUGUUGUAAGAUCAACAGAGUGCCUUGCAAUGAAAGAGCUGUGUUUUGCAAAAUGCGUAUAGAGAAUUGCCACAGUCUCCGCAGAACUGCACUGUAGCCAUUCUGAUCAAGCAUAACCAGCAUGAGCCAGCCUCGCAAUCCCUCCCUUCCCGGUACUCGCCUGCACCAGCCCAUACAGAAAAGGUCACGGCAGAGCACAUGGAGGUGUGCUGGAGCUACUCAAGGCAGGGCUUAAGUCGCUCCAAAGCAUCACCAGUCACUUGGCAAAAUGCAGCGUGAGGCAAAUAGUUUGUAAGGAUUCUUCCUGAUUAGAUUGUAU